UCAUUUAUCUGAACUGAAGAGUCACACAUCAAAUUCCGAUCCCCAUGUGUUUUUACGGACCUGUUUCGCUCAUAAGAAAGAUCCUGCCCGCAGGCUCUCAGAAAUCCUGUCUGCUCAUAUUGGGAUUAGACAAUGCGGGAAAGUCCGCCUUGACAGCCAGCCUGGCGAAAAUGUUCAAUGGAGAUUCCAAGGAACCGUCCAAACAAGCCAGUGAAUGGAGCUUCACAAUCAAUAAUUGCAGAGUGCAGUUGUGGGAUAUUAACGGGGAACUGAAGAAUCGCCAGUUCUGGCCAAACUAUUAUAAAAAAGUGAAGGUUUUGAUUUUUGUACUGGAUAGCACAGAUGCACUGCGGCUAAGCGAGGCUCGCUGUGUUUUAUGCGAUGUUCUGAUGCACCAGGAACUGGACAAGGCUCCUCUGCUGAUCCUGUCCAACAAAAAGGACGCCUCGGGAUCUCUGUCCAUGUCCACAGUUAUCGACUUGAUGGGUCUGGAUCGCCUAAAUGGUCGAGAUUGGACUUUUAAGGAAUGUUCAAUGCGGACAGGAUCUGGUGUUCAGGACAUCGUCAACUGGAUUAACGAGAAGAUCCAUAGGAACAGAAAGUGAUUUAUCACAUUUUUAUAUUUUCAGAAAUCUGCCAAUCUAAAUAGUAUAUUAAAUAUAUAUUUAACGU